AUGAAUUUUUAUAAUAACUAAAAAGUUAAAGUGAUAAAUUUAUCAAAGAGAUGUUGUAAGUCUUAGGAAUAUGGUCUCCUAACGCUCAUAAAACUCUUUGUUAAUUAAACAAUUUGUGUAAUAUAUUCACUUAUUACAUAUAAAUUAGAUCAACAGAGAAUUUUAGAAUAGUGUAGAAAUAGAACUCUUUUGAAUUAAUUCUAAACAAUUGCAGAUUCCUUGAUUAUUGAUACUAAUGGAUAUAACUAUAUAAUCAGUGUAGAGAUAGCUAUCUUUCUCAAAAUUAUAAUUUGCAGUUUAAUGAAUUAAUGA